AUGUCUCAGCAAAUUUCCCCAAAGAGGCUGGAGUCUCACAUUGAAACCCAGUUGUACCAAGGUCUCACCCAGUCAGCCAUCCUUCAACACUGGAUGAAACGUCCAGGAAGUGAGAUCCCUCUUGGCAGUGCUGCAGCAGUCGCAGCACUUCAAGACGCUGUUAUUGUGUCUCUCGAUGCCGAAUGGUACGAGCAUGACGACAACUUCAUCACAGAACUCGGCGCCUCCGUUUUGGAUCCACGUUUUAUCUCACAGCCCAUUUCGUCCUCGGCGUGGGAUAUCCUCUCGAGCAUGGAAAAUCACCACGUCCGCAUCAAACCGCAUGCCCACCUUAUCAACAAAGACCUCUGCAAAGGAUACCCAGAGGCCUUCCAGUUUGGCUGGACAACUUUCGUCCACGUCGAUGAAGCAAGGGCUAUGCUUCACGACAUCUUCACCCGUCGGGACGAAUUUGGCAACCUCCGUCCAGUCAUAUUCGUAGGCCACGCCAUCGACAAUGAUUACGAGAUCAUCAAAUCUCGUUUCGGCCUCGAUCUUCAACAACUCGGCACUAUUGUCGCUACAAUCGACACGCAGGUUCUCGCUGUCGAGCACGGACUGAUCGAACCAUCCCGCAAGAUGCGCCUCUCAAACCUGCUUGCCAAAUACAACAUCGAGGAACCGUAUCUUCACAAUGCAGGCAACGACAUUGUAUGCACGAUGAUCGCUGCAUUCCUCAUGGUUUGUUCUUCCCCUGAGAACAAGCUUCUUACUAACAAGCUCUGCUACGCGGACCUCAAAACACGACUAAGAGCAGCUGGGGAAACUGCCGUAUACGAUCGCCGAUGUUACGGUUCUACAAGAUUCUGCGAGAAGUGCGAUUCACAACAUCACACGGCCUCGUUUUGUGGCGUGCGAGUCUUCAGCUGUGAGCAUUGUAUGAAGGAUCCGCUCACGAAAGAUGCGGCACUUACGCAUAGGUCUGAUAAAUGCUUGAGGAUAGUCAAAGAGGCGGCACUACUGAGGUCACAGAGUAGUACUGGUUAUAGGGCUGGUGGUUCUAAACGCUCGAGUAGUCUGCCUUCCAAUUGGAAGCCGCCAUGUGAUCACUGCAUCGCAAGUACGGAUCCAAGGCGAUAUAACGAUAAAAACGCGUACUCGCACAGUACUGGGGAGUGUUUCUGGUUACAGUAG